GGAACAGCUCCGAUGUCCGCCAAGCUCUACGUCCUCAUGCGCUGGCCCGAUGGCAGCCGCGUCAUCAACAUGGAGAACAUCAAGGAGCCGCGGAAGCCCUUCCACCUGUACACGGAGGGCGAGCAGGUGCUGGCCCGCUGCCCCGGCUUCAGUGGCCUCUACUGGGGCAUCGUGGAGGGCAUAAGUGAGCAUAAAGAUAUUUUAGAGAAAAGGCUCCUGGAAGACAGACAGCUUCUGGAGAAGUGGAAUUAUGUGGCCCUGGCAGUGAAGAGGAAAUCGGAUGGUGCCUUGUCUCAGUGCCAGCAGCAUGUCCCUCUGAGCAGUUGUGAAGAACGAAAGCUAGAAGCUUUGCAGGAGGCAGAUAACUUUGAGAGAGUUCAGAAGAAAUUUGUUCCUGGUGAAAUGGAGAGGGCAGAGAAGAUUGAGCAGCUGGAGAGGAUUGUCUUGGACCUCCAACAGGAUGUCCUUGCUCUGAGGAAGAAGGUGCAGAGGCUGGAAUCCCUGUCCUUCCAGGAGGAACCUCACCAACAGCUGUGCGAGGUGGUGGAGCUCUUCAACGGCUACACGAAGGAGCAGCUCAAAGAGGCAAUUCGCUUUGACCAGAAAAUCAGCACAGCCUGCAAGACACUGCUCUACAAGCUCUUCACAUCUGACUAUAUCCAGAGCCACUCCAUCACUGGGCGGAGGGGCAAUACUUUCCGAGAGGCAAAGCCCAUGAUGGAUGAACGAUGCAUCAAAAUCAUUCGGGUACUGUUGAAACAGAAGUUCGGAGAUCACCUCAGUGACACAGUGAUCACAGAGAAGAUACAAAAUGUUCAGAAGGCCCUGAGGCAGAAAUUUAAGACAGAAUGUCUCUGAUGCAUAGAGGAUUUUUUGUCUCUGCUCCUACCAUGCUCAUCAGUGGACCUGAA